UCGGUUUUCUUCAGUUUCAACUCGGUCGAUGUGUUGUGCGCUUUGUUCUUUGUUCUUCGCUCGUAGGCUCGACGGCUUCGCUGUAGUUCUGCGUUGAUUCAUUGUUUGCUUAGCGCCAAAGUUAAAAGUCAAACUUACCCUCUGAUAUACAUACAUACAUAUAUAUUAACUCUUUAUAUAUAAUAGUACAAAACGUAUCGCGUAAAGGUUUUUGUGUUGUGGCCCGUGGAUUUUCGGCUUCGCUGGUGCAUUGUGCGGCUUUCUGUGCGCGCAGUUAUCUAAAACUCAGCAAACAACACAAAUACAAAAACCAAUAAAUAUUCGCUAAAAACAAUAACAAUAACAUCUAGUGUAAACACGUCGUUUUUAUUGACACACAUACAUAUUUACAUAAAAACACAAAACUUUCGUGCAACAUAAACAACAUUACCAAGAACAAAAACAGCAAAAACAAGCAAAACAACAACACUGCAUAAGAAAUAGAAAUCACUUGCUGUCUGGCAACGAUAAACGCGGCGAAAAUGAGCACCAUCGAAGAUAUCCCCGAAACCCAGGAGGUCAGCUCCACCACCACCACUGCCCAACCAGAACCUGUGUCGACCACGGCAAACGAGGUAUACGACCCCAAUACGCCCAUACCACGUCCACCGCUCGCCGAACUGACCGCACGCCCGCCAACACCCGUCGAUGAAAGUGAAAUGGCUGCAGCUAGCAAGGAAGUAAAUCCCGAAAAGGCCGUCGCCACGACAUCCGCCAGCAGUGAUAGCAUCUUCUCUAUCAUCUAUACGGUUUUCAAGAAGGUCGCUAUUGUGGGCUCCAUCUAUUUGGUUGGCUAUAUGGGCUGGAGUGUCGCGUGGCUAAUCGCACCGGUAAUCUUGUCAGUGGCGCGCGAUGAACUACGCAAAACCACCGAGCAUAAACGCAGUAUUGCCAAAGCUUCGGCCAUGGCCUCUGAAAAGGAUGUGAUACUGGCGCGCAUCGAUGAGCUGCCAGCGUGGGUCUACUUUCCUGAUGUGGAACGCUGUGAAUGGGUUAAUAAGAUUCUCAAGCAAGUGUGGCCCAAUGCUAACCAUUUCGCACGCACUCUCGUCAAAGAGACCAUCGAACCGAACGUAGCGCUCGCACUCGCUAAUUAUAAAAUGAAUGGCUUCCGUUUCGAUCGCAUCAUUCUGGGCACGAUACCACCACGUAUAGGCGGUGUCAAGAUCUACGAUAAGAAUGUCGAUCGCAACGAGAUCAUCAUGGAUUUAGAUUUAUUCUAUGCAAGCGAUUGCGAUAUCAAUUUCUAUUUGGGUAGCAUGAAGGGCGGCAUCAAGGACUUCCAAAUACAUGGCUGGGUGCGCGUGGUCAUGAAGCCACUCAUACGUUCCAUGCCACUUGUGGGUGGCCUACAAAUAUUUUUCCUCAACAAUCCGAAUAUCGAUUUCAAUUUAGUGGGUGUUAUCGAUUUUAUGGAUAUGCCCGGUUUGAGUGAUUUGUUGCGCCGCAUUAUUGUGGAGCAAAUUGGUGCGGUCAUGGUCUUGCCAAAUAAGCUGCCAAUAACUUUGAGCAAUGAGGUGCCAGCGAUUAGCUUGAAGAUGCCAGAACCGGAGGGCAUUCUACGCAUUCAUGUCAUUGAGGCUAAGGAUCUCAUGAAGAAGGAUAUCGGUGUUUUAGGCAAAGGCAAGUCAGAUCCCUAUGCAGUGAUCAAUGUGGGCGCACAAGAAUUCAAAACGCAAAUUAUUGAGAAUAAUGUGAACCCAAAGUGGGACUACUGGUGCGAGGCAAAAAUAUUUGUUGAACUGGGUCAAAGCGUUGAUAUAACGGUAUUCGAUAUGGAUAAUGGCAGAGAUGAUGAGCGAUUGGGCAGAGCCACCAUCGAGAUUUUCAAUGUGAUCAAGCGCGGCAUAGUAGAUACGUGGCUGACAUUGGAAGACGCCAAACACGGUCUCUUACAUGUACGCAUGCAAUGGUAUAAACUGACUGCCGAACCUAACGAUCUACAAGCGGCGAUAUUGGAAACCCAACAAUUGCGAGUAACUUCCAUGAGCACUGCACUGCUGACUGUCUUCAUCGAUUCCGCCAAAAACUUGAAGCAAGCUCGCACCAGCUCCAAACCCGAUCCUUACCUAAUUGCCAUGGUUGGCAAACAUAAAGAGCAAACUGCCAUGAUUAUGCGUGAUGAUUCGCCGGUUUGGGAGCAGGGCUUCACCUUUCUGGUGAGCAAUCCGGAAAACGAGUCGCUACAAAUACGCAUUGUCGAUCAGAAGACCGGCAAUGAUAUUGGCCAGUACACUUAUCCGUUAAAUCUAUUGCUACCCAAAAAGAAUAUGGAGUUGGUGUCACAGCCUUUCCAACUGCAGAAAUCUGGACCCGAAUCGAAAUUGAUUAUGUCUCUGUCGCUGCGCAUACUCAAGCCGGCCGAGAUACUAGAGGAGACCGAGCAAAAUACUGGUUCACCAGACUCCUCAGCAGCACUAACACGUUCGAGCUCACUGAAAACGCCCACGCAGGAAAGCGCUAAAGAUCUGCAAUCACAAACUAGCCGCAUUUCGAUUGAAUCGCCCAUUGCCGAGGAACAAGUCACAACAAUGAAUGCCUCACCCGCUACCACACCUUACUCAGCCGCCCUCGAGUCGGGCGAAGCGGUGCUUACCCAUCGUAUGCCCGAUAUGACCAGCUCGGCCGGUGAAUUUGGUCUCGGUCGCAUACAACUUUCCAUACGCUAUAGUGUACAACGUCAAAAACUCUCCGUUACGGUGCAUAAAAUCAUGUAUUUGCCAUUACGUGAUCCAUCUAGCAUACCGGAUCCCUAUGUAAAACUCUAUCUACUGCCAGGUCGUAGCAAAGAAUCGAAACGCAAAACGAUGGUGAUCAAGGACAAUUGCAAUCCCGUUUAUGAGGCGACAUUUGAGUAUCUCAUUUCGACUGCUGAACUCGCACAAACCGAACUGGAGGUGACGGUGUGCUCGCAAAAGGGCUUCCUCUAUGGCGGUAGUCCCAUUAUGGGCAUGCUUAAAAUUCCUCUGAAUGAUUCAGAGAUAUCCAGUAGUGGCCUAAACUCUUGGAUGGAUCUGCAGCCGGAGAUAAAACACGAUUAAGCGCAUAGCUUAGCGCAAAUGUUGAUAUGUAGCGGCGAUAUGUUUGGAGCUGCAGUGUCGGUAUCAGCUUACUGCCGAUCUGUAUGGCGCUUCAGGGUCCAUCUUUUAGCUGAACAAUUGUUAUAUAUACUACCUCUCCAAACCGAUUCUGUCGAUUCUUUUACAUAAAAACUCGAUGUACUCUCUCGGCUAUGCUGUCUGUAGUGCCUAUUGUAUCAAAAACUUAAAUAUACGUAUAUAUUUUAACACACAGGAAUGCAUAGGUCUUUCGAAGAUCAACCUGUAAAACAAGAUAAUCACAAUUUUUUCUUAAAAAAAAAUAAACAUUAUUUCUUUUAGUGUAGUUUUAUUAUUUAUAAAAGAAAAAAAAUUAAACUAAUAUGCAUUUAAAAAAGUAUAAAUAAAAAAUUGUUUUAAAACGUUUUAUUAAAUAAAAAUUAUAAAAUAAAAUUUUUUCGCCUUUAAUUAAUUUAAUUUUCACAAUAAUCUCGCUGAAUCCAUUAUUUUUUAUUAUUAUUCGAAAAAUAUAAUAUUAUUUGUAUAAUUCUUACGUUUAAAAAAUUUUUUAAUAUUUUAUAAGCUAUAUUUAACAGAUAUACGUAAAUAUUCAACUCCUAUUAUUGCUCUGAGUAUUAAUUAUUUAAUUUAUUAUUUGCUCUAUCAAUGUCUAACCUCACUAAAAUUUAAUUAUUUUUUACAAAUAUACACUACUAUGUGCCUUCUUCACUACUGCGUUGUUGAGCACAAUCUCUUGUGUAUACAUACUAUAUAAAUGUAUCAAAUAAAUGUGUAUGUAUGUAUUCGCAAAAUUUUCAGAAAAUAAUGUUUUAAAUGUUUGUUACUGAAAUUAAAUAAAAAUUUAAA